CCAAGAUUUAAACCUUGGUCUGGCUAAAAUCCCUCCUCCCUCAGUUGUAUUUUCUUUUUGCUACCUCAAAAACGAGAGUGACAUUUAUGCAUGGUAAAGUGUGAGCUAUGAAAUAUUCCUCUUUAUAGUCUGAUUCAGCAUUACUCAGUUCAGAUAUGCUUUUGGCUUAUUCAAACUAGAAAAAGGUAUCUUAGCCUAUAGAUUCCAAGAAUCAUGUUUCAGCAUCCUGUCUUUCAAAAUUGGACUUUUUUUCCAGACAGGAAAAAUUAAUAAGGAGAAAAGUAUGCGUACAGAAAAUGGAACUUUAUUUUAUAUAUUGAUAUAAUUCUCAGCCAACUAGUCACUGAAAAUUUGAGGGUCAAGUUAGUAAAGAAUGGAGCAUACUGGUAGUCAAGAAUUCUCUGUUUCAUAUCAGAACAAGAAGGUUGAGACAAAUGCUGAUGAAGAAAAUAAUGAUUCUCCAAUUGAGGAAGUCCGGCUGACAGUUGCAAUCACAGAUGAUCCGACUUUGCCAUGCUUGACAUUUCGAACAUGGGUUCUUGGGACCAUAUGCUGUGCUGUUCUUGCAUUCCUGAACCAGUUCUUCGGUUACAGACAAAAUCCGUUGUAUAUAUCUUCAGUUGCAGCACAGAUUGUAGUACUUCCAAUUGGAAAGUUCAUGGCUGCAUCACUACCAAGAAAGGAGAUUCGGAUUCCAGCUACAAAAUGGUCUUUUUCAUUGAAUCCAGGGCCAUUCAACUUGAAAGAGCAUGUGUUAAUCACUAUAUUUGCAAAUUCAGGUUCAAAUUCCGUUUAUGCUGUGGGCAUUAUUACCAUAGUCAAGGCAUUCUAUCACAGGAAGAUUCAUCCUCUGGCAGCUCUUUUGUUAUCACAAACAACUCAGCUGCUUGGCUAUGGAUGGGCUGGAAUUUACCGCAAGUUUCUUGUUGAUUCACCAUACAUGUGGUGGCCUGCCAACUUGGUUCAAGUCUCUCUCUUCAGGGCACUACACGAGGAUGAGAAAAGGCCAAAAGGGGGAUUAACAAGGCUGCAGUUUUUCCUUAUUGUCCUUAUAUCAAGCUUUGCAUACUAUAUCGUUCCCAACUAUCUGUUUCCAUCCAUAUCAGCCAUCUCUUUUGUUUGUUGGAUAUGGAAGAACUCAGUCACAGCCCAGCAGAUUGGCUCUGGAACUCAUGGCCUUGGCGUUGGCUCAUUCGGCCUUGAUUGGUCAACUGUAGCUGGAUUUCUAGGUUCUCCCUUAGCCACACCAGGAUUUGCUAUCAUCAACAUUAUGGCUGGUUUCUUCAUAUUUCUCUACAUAUUAAUCCCCAUAGCUUACUGGACCAACUCUUUCAACGCCAGGAGCUUCCCCAUGUUCUCAUCCCAUGUUUUCGAUGCCAACGGGAGAAGUUAUAAUGUCUCAGAAGUUUUAAAUGACAGUAAUUUCCAAUUCAAUGAGCAAGGAUAUGAUGCCUAUAGUCAAGUUAAUCUCAGUAUAAUAUUUGCAUAUACUUAUGGUCUUAGCUUUGCUACGUUGGCUGCAACAUUAUCUCAUGUUGCACUCUUCCAUGGAAGAACCAUUUGGCGACAAACAAAGGCAACUUUCCAAGAUAAGUUUGGUGAUGUGCAUACCAGACUGAUGAAGAAAAACUAUGAGUCUGUGCCUCAAUGGUGGUUUUACACAAUCUUAUUAGUGGUUCUUGCACUAUCCAUGCUUACUUGCCAAGGCUUCGGCGGAGAAUUGCAACUGCCCUAUUGGGGAAUCCUUCUAGCGAUUGGGUUAGCCCUGUUUUUCACUCUCCCAAUUGGAGUGAUCACAGCCACCACAAAUCAGCAACCAGGACUAAAUGUCAUCACUGAACUCAUAAUUGGUUACAUGUAUCCAGGGAAGCCUCUUGCAAAUGUUGCAUUCAAGACCUAUGGCUACAUAAGCAUGACCCAAGCCAUAACUUUUCUUGCAGACUUCAAGCUUGGACACUACAUGAAAAUUCCUCCAAAAUCCAUGUUCAUUGUUCAGUUGGUGGGAACCAUACUAUCAUCCUCAGUCUACUUUGCCACAGCUUGGUGGCUCUUAACAUCAGUAGAAAAUAUCUGCCAACCUUCUAAUCUACCAGAAGGAAGCCCAUGGACAUGCCCAGGAGACGAUGUUUUCUAUAAUGCAUCCAUCAUCUGGGGUGUUGUUGGUCCUCUUCGAAUGUUUGGCCGCCUUGGCUUAUAUGCCAAGAUGAACUAUUUCUUUCUCAUUGGAAUUCUAGCCCCAUUGCCUGUGUGGAUCCUCUGCAAGAAGUUUCCACAGCAAAAAUACUUGAGGCUCAUUCACAUUCCCAUCAUUCUAAGCGGCGCAGGUUCAAUGAUUCCUGCCAGGUCCGUAAACUUCCUUUGUUGGGGUGCCGUUGGCCUUUUUUUCAAUUUGAUUGUGUAUGGUAGGUAUAAAGGCUGGUGGGCUAGGCAUAACUACAUUCUGUCUGCUGGACUUGACGCUGGAGUUGCUUUCAUGGCCAUUCUCUGCUAUUUUACAUUGCAAGUGAGGGAUAUUGAUGGAAUUAGAUGGUGGGGUUUGGAGGUAGAUGAUCACUGCCCUCUGGCAAGUUGUCCCACUGCCCCUGGCAUUGAAGUUCAAGGUUGUCCUGUUUUCCAUUGACUGGGUUAUGGAAUGCAGUUGUAGAACAUGCAGGGUGAAAAAAUUUAAUAAUAAGGAGUGCAUAUAUAUAAAUGUUAGAAAAAAUCGUUUGUCCUAUUUAUAACGUGUGCAUCUAAAAAUUUACAAGCAUAUUCUUAAAAUGACAGGUAUAUAAAAAAAUUUACCCACAUGUCGUUUUAAGAAUACGCAUGUAAAUUUUUAUAUGCCCACAGACAGACUUUUUAUAUAGCAAUAUCCUAUAUAUAUAGAAUUUCAAUGUUAAAGUGGAAUUCUUAAUGUGAAAGCAUAAUGUUCUUCUAAAUUUUACGGCAUCUGUCCUGUUCUACAUGGUUGUUAUAGAAUUUCAAUGUUAAAAGUGGAGUUCUUAGUGUGAAA